CGUCGUCGCACGCGAUGUCCGCAUCAUGCCACGCCGCGGCGGCGCGCGCGCCCGUCGCCGCGUUCGCCGGCAGACGCGCCGCCGCCGCGAACCGCGCGAGCGGCGGGAAGGUCGCGCGCGCGAUCGCCGCGCCCGCGGCGCCGUCGCCGCGCCGCGCCGUCAUCGUCGCCGCGAGCGCGAGCGCGGCGGGGAAGGGCGCGCCCGCGGACGCGGACGUCGCCCGCGCGCCGCGCCCGGAGUACGUUCCGUCGCGGAUCGACGACCCGAACUACGUGCGCGUGUUCGACACGACGCUGCGCGACGGCGAGCAGAGCCCUGGCGCGACGCUCACGUCCAGCGAGAAGCUCGACAUCGCGCGCAACCUCGCGAAGCUCGGCGUGGACAUCAUCGAGGCUGGAUUCCCGAUCGCGUCCCCGGACGACCUCGAGGCUGUCCGCAACAUCGCGAAGAUCGUGGGGAACGAGCGCUUCGAGGACGGGUACGUCCCGGUGAUCUGCGGCUUAUCCCGCGCGAACAAGAAGGACAUCGACGCGUCGUGGGAGGGCGUGCGUCACGCGAUUCGCCCGCGCAUUCACACCUUCAUCGCGACGUCGAAAAUCCACAUGGAGUCCAAGCUGCGCAAGACCCCCGACGAGGUGGUGCAGAUCGCGGUCGACGCGGUGAAGUACGCGCGGAGUUUAGGGUGCGAUGACGUGGAGUUCUCCCCCGAGGACGCCGGGCGGUCGGACCCUAAGUUUUUGCACAGGAUCCUGACCGCCGUCGUCGACGCGGGCGCGACGACGCUGAACAUUCCCGACACCGUCGGCGUGUGCCUCCCGGAGGAAUUCGGGACGCUCAUCGCGGGGAUCAAAGAAAACGUCCCGGGCGAGUACGUCAUAUCCACACACUGCCAGAACGACCUCGGACUGUCCACCGCGAACUCGCUCGCGGGCGUCGCGAACGGCGCGCGGCAGGUGGAGUGCACCAUCAACGGCAUCGGGGAGCGCGCGGGCAACGCGAGCCUCGAAGAAGUCGCGAUGGCCAUCUGGCUCCGCGGGCAGGAUAAAACGGCCAUCUACGGAGCGUUCACGGGCAUCAACCCCGUGUACAUCUACCCGUGCAGCAAGAUGGUGAAGGAUUUCUCCGGGAUGAGCGUGCAGCCGCACAAGGCGAUCGUCGGCGCCAACGCCUUCGCGCACGAGUCGGGCAUUCACCAAGACGGCAUGCUGAAGAACAAAAAAACCUACGAGAUCAUCGCCCCGGAGACGAUCGGAUACUUCCGCGGCGAAGACUCCGUCGGCGUCGUCAUGGGCAAACACUCCGGGAGGCACGCGCUGUCGUCGAAGCUCAAACAGUUGGGGUACCCGCUCGAGGGGGACGCGCUGGAUGAGAUGUUCAACCGGUUCAAGCUCGUCGCGGAGCAAAAGACGGGCGGCGUGGACGACGACGAGAUCAUCGCGCUGGUGACGUGCGAGGGCAGCCAAUUCGCCGGCGACGUCGAUAAGUCCGCGUCGUGGAAGCUCGAGGACGUCCAGGUCGUGUGCGGCACGAUGGGCCUCCCGACCGCGACGGUGAAGAUGUGCGGCCCGGACGGGAUGAGCCGAGUGCGAUCGGAGGUUGGCUCGGGCCCCGUGGACGCGACGUACAAAGCCAUCGACGGCAUCGUCGCCGCGGGCAAGGUGGAGCUCGUGGAGUACAGCGUCAACGCGGUCGUGGAGGGGAUCGAGUCCCUGGCGGAGACGCGCGUGCGGGUGCGGCCGAUGGACAGCGUCGCGAUGAAGGCGAAGAGCAGCGGCGAGAUGGAGGCGCGGACGUUUACCGCGUCUGGCGCGGACACGGACAUCGUCGUCGCGUCGGCGCGCGCGUACGUCGCGGCGACGAACCGGAUGAUCGGGUUCAUGCGCGAGAAGGCGGCCGCGGCGGCGAAGGAGGCGGAGGCGGAGAAGAAGGAGGCGGAGGAGGCGAAGGAGGCGGUCGCGAAGUGA